ACGGGAUUAUAUGAGUUAGCUAGUAAAUGUUUAUAUUUUACAGGUUUACAUGAUUUAGCCAGUGAAUGUUCAUAUAAUAAAGGAUUACAUGAUUUAGCCAGUGAAUGUUUAUAUGUUACAGGAUCACAUGAGUUAGCUUUUAAUGGUUUAUAUAUUACAGGAUCACAUGAGUUAGCUAGUAAUUGUUUAUAUCUUGCAGGAUUACAUGAUUUAAUCAGUGAAUGUUUAUGA